AGUCAUCAGUUGAAUUCGUGACAGGCAACAUCUCAUUAGAUUAACGUUGCUCUGUCGUUUAUUUAGUUAAUAAUCAAAUCACAACACACUUACUAUAUAUACAAAUAUAAAUACAACAACAAAGCAAGAAAUUUAUUAAACAGAAGAAGAAAACAAAAUCAAUCAAUUUUGAAUUAAAUUUUAAGUAAAACCUAACAACAACACAUAUAAUAAUGAUUUAAAAAAAAUGGAAAAUUUUAUGUGAAAAAAAAGAAAAUUUUAAAUUGAAAAGUUAAUUCUAAAUAAAAGGAGUUUGAAAAUUUGUUUAAAUAACAACAACAACAACAACAACAAGAAAAAUAAAAACAAGUGUUUUAAAUUACAAAAACAAGUGUUUGAUAUCAAAUUUUAAAAAGAAAUUGUUAUAACAACUACAACAACAAAACAAAAACAAGUGUUUGGUGUUUGAAAACAAAAAAAUUUUUUUAACUAAUGGAUUAAUUAACUACUAAUUGAAUAAAAUUAUCUGGGAUUAAAAACAAAACUCAAUUUUUAAACAAAAAUGAUUGGCAAAAUUUUAUGAAAUUAAAAAAAAAAAUGUUUAAAAUAUGACAAAAACAACUUAAAGAAAAUCAAAGCUAAAUGGCCAAAAUAAAAUUAAAAUUACAAAAUUUUUUUGCUAAAAAAAUUUAACACUAAAGUUUUUCUUAAUUAUUAAUUAAAAAAAAAACAAUUUAUAAAAACCUUAACAACAACAACAAAAAAAGACAAACUGGAAGCUAAACAAAAAAUAACGUGUAAAACAACUUUAGGCCAACAGUCGUCUAACGGUGGUUCCCCUACCAAGACUGCUGGCUUGUUAAGUGGCAACAACUCACUAACACCACCACCACCCCCUUCAUCAACAACAUCAUCAUCAUCUUUAGCAUCUUCAUUAGCCAACUCAUUAAUAACAUUAGCUCCUAAACAACAAGAAAUUAAUUUACUACUGGAUCCAAAUACAACAAAUCAAAAAAGCAGCCGAAUGCAGCCAACAUUGCCACAAACAGCCGGUACAGCCGAUAUGGAUUUGACGGCUGUGCAAUCAAUGGAUUGGUUUUUCAAAAAGGAACAAAUUUAUUUAUUGGCACAAUUUUGGCAACAGAGAGCUACCUUGGCUGAAAAGGAAGUGAACACCUUAAAAGAACAACUAUCCACCAAUACACCCAAUACUGAAGGAGAUAACAAUAACGCUGGUGACUUGGCCAGCAACACUGCUAGCAAUACACUUGAAGCAAACGCCGACGAAGUCUUAAACGCUUUGUCCACACAAAUCCCACCAAAUAAACUACUGUCGCCCUCGUUUAAUAACAACAAUACCAAACUUUUAAAUAGUGUAGCCGCCGCCAUUACACUACACCAAAACGGUGGUAAUCUUUUGGCUACCACACCCUCACCCUCGCCUCCUUUAUCGGACGCUGGCAAUAACGUUAGUGGUGCUCAGGAGGAGCAACUUAACGAACAAGAGCAACAGCAAUUGAACGGUUGCUUAAAUCCCAAAUUGUUUUUCAAUCACGCCCAACAGGUCAUGAUGAUGGAAGCAGCAGCUGCUGCAGCGGCCGCCGCAGCCGCUGCGGCUGCAGUACAACAGCAACAAUCACCCAUGCAUUCGCCACAACCUGCAGCACAACAACAGCAGCAACAGGAUAAUGAAAAUGUUGAAGCUUUAUUAGCUAAACCCACCAAUACAAAGGAAAUCAAAGAUAAUUUAGAUUCCAAAUUAUUAAGUGAUACUCAAACACAGGAUAACAACCAUAGCCUACUUGCCACAACCCAUGAUGUAGAAAAUCAAGAUAGAGAACAGGAUACUAAUGCUGUCUCAAAUACCGAUUGUAGUAAUAACAAUAAUAACAACAACAAUAAUAAUAGUUUUAAUAGUGAUAGUAACAACAAAAAUAGUGUAAAUACAGAAAAUUGUACGGAUGUUAAAGAUAAAUUAGCUGAAGAGGAGCAACAGGAAGAGGAAACACAACAACAACAUAUGGAUACCACUGAGGUAUUAAGUGGGAAAUUAUUAGAUAAUAACAACUUUAACAAUAAUGAAAUGAAAAACAAUCAUAUGGAAUUAUUAGCUGCCAAAGAUAAAGAGAUUAAAGCCUUAUUCGAAGAAGUUAAACGUUUAAGAAACGUAGAACAAACACACUUAAUACAAAUCCAUCGAUUAGAAGAACAUUUGGAAGCCAAACGCCAGCAUAUAAUACGUUUAGAAUCCAAAUUGGAUAAACAGCAAAUAAAUGAAGCUUUACAACAAAACCAACUAGAGCAGCAGCAGAAGCCAGCCGAGUCUGAGGACAAAGACUGUGAAAUGUUAGAGAUUAAGGAAACAACUAAGGCUCAAGAUAUUGUUAAUAUUGAAAACAUUGACGAGCCAGUGGAGAAUGACGAUGAUGAUGAUGAUUGCGAAGAAAUUGUUAAAGAUAGAAACUGUGAUUUAAUAAAGGAAAAAGAAAAUAAUGAUGAAGUAGAAGAGGAGGAGGAAGAGGAUUCAUCUGAAGUUAGAGCAGAUAAUAAUCAAAAUUCUUUAGAUAUGGAAGAGUGUACAAAUACUAAAGAUUCUGUUAAAGAUAUACAAAUCAAAAAGGAAACACAAUCACCCUUAUCUUUAGACUCGAUUAGCCAACAAAAUGCCAUUGCUGCUGCCGCCGCCGCAGCAGCAGCCUGCAAUAAUGAUCCCAAUAAAUUCCAAGAAUUAUUAAUGGAAAGAACCAAAGCUUUGGUAGCUGCUGAGGCAUUAAAGAAUAACGAAGUAAGCUUAACAAAUACUGAAGAGCCAGAGCCUCAAAGUUUAGAUUCUAAACUACAAACUGAUAAAAAGACUCAAGCUCUAGAACAUAACAAUGAAGAGCUAACUACAGACAGCUCCUCAAAAGUGCCAAAAAUUGAAAUACUCGAUGAUGAUGAUGAUGAAGAGGAAGUGGUAGAAGAGUGUAAUUCUCAAAUAAAACAAUCCGAACAAACUUCAGAGGCCCAUGUAAUUAAGCCACUUGAAGAACAUGAUCAAGAAGAACCAGUAGAAGGAGAAGAAGAAACUGAAAAUGAUAUCGAAGAAGUUUCUUCUUCGUUUAAACAGAAUGUGGAACGUUUUGGCACUUUAUUGGGUGAGGAAUUGGUGAAUACUUAUUGGCGUCGGGGUUUUGAUAACAGCAAAGCCUUGUAUAACAAUAAUUAUCAGCAACAUUUGCAACAGCAGCAGCAACAACAACAACGUUCUCUGCAGCAGCAGCAUCAUCAUCAACACCAACAACAACAGCAAUUGCUUAUGCAACAUCAGCCCCUACAACACCAACAUCAUCAUCAACUGCAUCAUCAACCUCACUCCUCCACACAAACGCAUUUAUCAACACCACAGUCUCAGCCACCCUGUGGUCCCUCCUCCACCACUUUGCUUAGUCAAUUAGUUAAUUCUACUUUUUCUACUCCCAACUCUAAUACUUCUACAACUCAAUCCUCUUUACGUUCUGCAGAUGGUUUUUCACAUUCUCAAGCUGCCGCCGUCGCUGCUUCACACCAUCAUCAUUUACAGCCCCACCAUCAUCAUCACCACCACCUGCACCAUCAAUUGCCCGGCCAUUUAACGUCGGAACAUGAUAAGUCUGCUCUUAAUCAUCAUGACUCCUCGGCCUCCAGUGCCAGCACCCCCAAUUUGCAGGAACAACGCCAGAACUCAGAAGAUCAUCAUAGUUUAUCUUUGAAUGGCUCACUUAAGAAUCUGGAGGAUAAUAACAAUAGUUUAUGUGCCACACCCACGGGUCAUCAUAUGGGCGCUGGUCAUGCCUCACAUUUGCCUCAUGGCUUUUUGCCUGGUUUACCAUUCCAAUUUCAAGAACGUGGCCACUUCCGUUUUGCCGAUGAUUUACAAUUGCCCCCCGGCACUUCUAUGGCCGGUCGUUUGGGUGAGUCUUUGAUCCCCAAGGGUGAUCCCAUGGAGGCUAAACUACAGGAAAUGUUACGUUACAAUAUGGACAAAUAUGCCAAUCAGGCUUUGGAUACCUUGCAUAUCUCUAGGCGUGUACGUGAAUUGCUGUCGGUGCACAAUAUUGGUCAACGUAUAUUUGCCAAAUAUAUAUUGGGUCUAUCGCAGGGCACUGUUUCGGAAUUGCUGUCGAAACCCAAACCUUGGGAUAAAUUGACCGAGAAGGGUCGUGACAGUUAUCGCAAAAUGCAUGCCUGGUCUUGUGAUGAUAAUGCAGUGAUGCUGCUCAAAUCUUUAAUACCCAAAAAAGAUUCUGGUUUACCUCCUUAUGGCAGUGGUGCAGCUGGUGGUCGUGGUGAUGAUUCAAUGUCCGAUGAACGUAUUGCUCAUAUUUUAAAUGAGGCUUCUUCUUUAAUGAAAUCUUCUUCAUCGGGCGCUGUUAUGCAUGAACAUCAAAGAAGAUCUUCAGCUUUGCCUGAAGAUUCACGCAGUAAUGAUGAUUCCAAAUCACCUCAUCAGCCCUGUGCCUCUCCUUUCUAUAAAGAGCAUCAUAGCAAGUCGCAGGGUGCUGAAUCUAGUUUAUCUGCUGGUAUGCGUGGUGAUGAUAUGAAUCCUGAGAAAAUGGCUAGACUUUAUCAGGAAUUAAUGGCUAGAGCUCCACGGGAAGCUUUUCCAGGUUUCUUGCUUUCACCCUUUUUCAGUGGUGGUCUUCCCUCUGCUGCCGCCGGUAUGGCUGCCAAUGCUUUCCCCGGUUUGGCGGGUGAUGAUAAUAUGCGUUUGGCUUUUGAGCGUGAAAUGUCAAAAUUCCAACAACAGCAACAUGCUGCCCAACCACCCAACUUUGCCAAUUUCUCUAGUCUUAUGGCUUUGCAGCAGCAAAUGUUAAAUGGUGCCCAGGAUCUUUCUUUAGGCCCAGAUGACUCUAACAGCAAACCCAGCAAGGACUCCAACAACAAGGUAAAUGGUCAACGCACUUCAUUUGAGGGUUCACAGAGCUCACUCAGUAAUCAUGGCCAAACCACACCGAAUGCCAAAGAUUCUAACUCCAACGAAGUGGAAAGACUUUAUCCUGGUAUGGUGAAAUCUGAACAGGGCAAUAAGACUCCAGCGCCUCUUGUUUCCAGCAAUGCUUCUACCACCAAUACCAAUUCUGCAGCUCCCAGUCCUCUCAGCAAUUCCAUACUCCCGCCUGCUAUGACACCCAAUGAGGAAUUUUCUGCCACCGCCAGCCCUCUGCAGAGAAUGGCCUCCAUUACCAAUUCUUUAAUUACACAACCACCCGUACCACCUCAUCAUACGCCACCACAAAGACCCACCAAGGCGGUCUUGCCUCCCAUUACCCAGCAGCAGUUUGAUAUGUUUAACAAUCUCAAUACCGAGGAUAUAGUGCGUCGCGUUAAGGAGGCUUUGUCUCAGUAUUCCAUUUCUCAGCGUUUGUUUGGUGAAUCCGUAUUGGGUUUGUCGCAGGGUUCCGUCUCCGAUCUUUUGGCUCGCCCCAAACCCUGGCAUAUGUUGACCCAAAAGGGACGUGAACCUUUCAUACGCAUGAAAAUGUUUUUGGAAGAUGAAAAUGCAGUACACAAACUGGUGGCUUCCCAAUAUAAAAUAGCUCCCGAGAAGCUUAUGAGAACCGGUAAUUACAGUGGCUCGCCACAAAUACCUCAGGGUUUGGCCAGUAAAAUGCAGGCCUCUUUGCCCAUGCAAAAAAUGAUGAGCGAACUGAAGUUGCAGGAACCAGCUCACAUUAUGCAACAAAUGCAGGCAGCCGCUGUAAUGUCCGCCGCCAUGCAACAACAUCAACAGCAGCAGGCCGCCGCUGUGGCUCAGCAAAAUCAACAACAACAGGCAGCUCAAGCGGCUGUACAAGCUGCCCAGGCGGCUGCUGCCGCUCAAGCGGCUCAACAUCAUCAAAGUAUGCUUUUGACUUCGCCGGGUUUGCCUCCCCAGCAUACCAUCGCCUUGCCGGCCGCCAACUCACAACCUUCCUCAGGCACUACUACACCCGCCGGUCCUACACCCGACAAGAAGCCCAUGAUGAUGCCCAUACACUCACCCCACCAAGGUAAUGCCAUGCGCAAUAUGCACCAGCAUAUGUCACCCACCGUUUAUGAAAUGGCCGCCUUGACCCAGGAUUUGGACACUCAGGUUAUCACCACCAAAAUCAAGGAAGCCUUGCUAACCAACAAUAUUGGCCAGAAGAUCUUUGGCGAGGCUGUAUUGGGUUUGUCCCAGGGUUCCGUAUCCGAAUUGCUGAGCAAACCUAAACCCUGGCAUAUGUUAUCGAUUAAGGGCCGAGAACCCUUCAUACGCAUGCAGCUGUGGCUGUCGGAUGCCAAUAAUGUGGAGCGUUUGCAGGUUUUAAAGAAUGAGAGAAGAGAGGCCUCCAAACGCCGACGUUCCACUGGACCUAAUCAACAGGACAAUAGCUCUGAUACUUCCAGCAAUGAUACCAAUGAUUUUUACACCUCCAGUCCGGGACCCGGCUCCGUGGGCAGCUCAGGUGCUCCACCCAAUAAGAAACAGCGCGUUUUAUUCUCUGAGGAACAGAAAGAGGCCUUGAGAUUAGCUUUUGCCUUAGAUCCUUAUCCCAAUGUGGGCACUAUAGAGUUUUUGGCCAAUGAACUGGGUUUGGCCACACGCACCAUAACCAACUGGUUCCAUAAUCAUCGCAUGCGUUUGAAACAACAAGUGCCACAUGGGCCACCUGGGCAGGAAACCAAUAUACCCACUAGGGAAAACACCAAUUCCACACCCUUUGAUCCCGUCCAGUUUCGCAUAUUGCUGCAGCAAAGAUUGCUAGAGUUGCACAAGGAACGCAUGGGUUUGAGUGGCAAUACCCCCUUGCCUUAUCCACCCUAUUUCGCAGCAGCAGCUUUACUGGGACGUUCAUUGGCCGGCAUGCCCGGCACCAAUCCCCAAAACGCCUUGCCCACCAAUGAGGCCGAAUUACGAGCCCUCAAUCAAGCUUUUAGAGAACAAAUGUCUGGCUUGGAUUUAUCCAUGAGCUCUUUGAAACGCGAGCGCAAUGAUGAUUUCGAAGAUGAUAUGGAUGAGAGUCAUAUGUCCGAAAAUGAAAAUGAGGAUUUGGACGAUGAGGAUAAGACAAGUGAUUAUAGAAAUGCUGCCCUAAGCAGCAGUUUAAAUGCCCAGCAAUUUCUCAACAAUAUGCGUUUGAAUAGAAGAAAACCUGCCGCACCACAAUGGGUCAAUCCAGCCGUGCCCUCUGAAAGCGAACGCAUUAUCAAUGGCGUAUGCGUGAUGCAGGCACAAGAAGAGGCCCAACAACAGCAGCAGCAGCAAUUGGCUCAGGAGGAGGAGCAUUUAGGUAAUAAAGAACAGGAAGAGGAAAACGACAUGAUGAUGGAGGCUCCACACCCCAAUCUCAUGGAACCUGAGGUGGUAAUCAAACAGGAAAAAGAAGACUGCGAAAGUGAUAAUGAAAAGGAUAGAAUAAAUGAGGAAAGUUUAGCAGAGGAAAGAAUAAAGGUAAUACAAGAAGACAAGCUGAGAAUGGUGCGUGUCAAUCGUUUAAGCAGUGAGGAGGAAACCUUGGCCAACAGCAGUAAUGCUGCCACCAGCAACCCAGCAGCAACAGCGUGGAAUUAUUAGAGAUUUAAUAAUUAAGUAGCAAAAAAGUUAAGGGAUUUUAGAGUUUUUAGGUUUUAAAAAAACUCUUUAUAAAAUUCUGGUUUUGAAAAGAGGAAUAGUUUAGUUUUUAGACAAGUGCAAUGAAGAAAAAAUGUUUGUUUUUAUUUAGAUUUUUUUUUUAGGUUAGAUUUUAAAACUUAAGUUUUGUUGAAGGAAUUUAAAACGUAAACCACAAUAUUUUAAGAUUUAAUAAAAAUUUCUUAUAAAAUUGAGAGAUUCUUUUAUAAAAUUUGGUAAAUAGUUUUGGGUUUUAAGUUUUUUGAAUGAAACUUAAACUUGUGAUUAAGUUUUUAAGUUUAAUUUAUAAGAAAGAAAGUUUCUUGUUUUUAGAGAUUAAGAUGUAUAUAAUAGUUUGUAGUUUUGAAAAGAAAAAGAAACUUUUUUUUAAGCAAAAAAUUAAAAAGUAUUAUUUAAAAGGAGUUUUUUUUAAGUUUAAGUCUUACUUUUUUUCUUUUUUAUCAUUUAAUAAACAAGACUGUAAGUUAUAAGUUUUAUUUUUAGAAAUUUAGUUUUAAUUUUUUAGGUUUUUUUUUUAAUGUAUAUAGUUUUUAUCUUGUAAAUAUUUUUAAAUGAUUUAUUUUAUUAUAUUGUUUAAGUAUUUCUUUUUUUUAAGUAAAAAAAAAACAGUUUUAACUUCCUUUUUGAUCUCACCAGAAAACAAAAACAAGAAAUUUUUUUAUAAAAAAUUAAAAUUUACAAAAUAAAAUUAACAUUAAAAUAAAAUUUAAUUUAAAAUAUUUAUAAAAAAAGGUAGUUAAACUUUAAUUAUUAAAACUGAAUCUCUUUU